AGAAGAUGCGCGAGAUUGGUUAAGCCCAGAGAGAGCUUUGAGAGAGAUCCGUGAGAGUUACUAUAUUUUGCCUUUUGCGGUCUCAGCGGCAACAAGCUUUCAGUUGAAUUUGCCAGCGAUGGCCAACCCGAAAAAUUCUCCGGAAACUCGGAAAGCAGAUAUUUUAGAUCUUCUAAGUGAUGAUAGCGUGAAAACAGUUGUCCUUUUUGGAGAAGCUGGAGUGGGUAAAACAUGGAUGGCAAAAGAGAUAAGUAAUUCUGUCUGCCUCAACGGAUCCUCCUAUGGAACUAUUUGGGUGGUCCCGGGAUAUGAUUAUGAAGGCCAAUCUCUUCUUGAAAAAUUUGCCAUUCAGCUGUCUGUAUUACCUUCUAAUGAGAAGUGGGAGGAAGAUGACAAUGCUGAGAUGGAGCAGCAGGAGCAAGAAGUGGACUUGGAUCUAAAACAGGGUAUACUGGAAAAGCUUAAGCUGAUGAAAUCUGCAAAACUUGCAGAAAUGAAAACUGCAAAGCCUGAAGAGAAGAAAUCUGAAAAGCCUAAAAAAAAUGCAAAAAUGGAAGAUUUUCUGAAAUAUCCUCCCGGGACUGAAAAAGAUCCAUAUCUGCUCGCAGUUCUGGAUGAUUUUAUUGACAUCAAACCAGAACUUCUUGCUUUAAGUGACUUCCUUUCUCGCGAUGGGCACCUUCUUAAGGUUUUAAUCACGAGAAGUGGCAGUGAUAUCGGUAUUGGCAACGAAGGAAAUGGGGAUACAAUUCAGACAGACGGUGAAAGAUUUUAUAAAAUCGAAGUCCUGUCUCAUGUCGAGUCAUCAAAUUUACUGGGGAAUAGGGUCAAGGCAGAAGUUUCUAGGGCAACUGGGUUUGAGAGACUCUCUGCAGCUAUUGGAAAAGUUAGCUCAGGUCAUCCUGGGGCAAUUAUUAUUAUAGCAGAAGCCAUAAAUCAUGUUAACGACUCUGAAUUGGACAAGGCAGUUGAAGAAGCGGCCUCUAUUAUUGAAUCUGCUGAUAUCAAAACAGUAAUGCAGCAUGUGUAUAAAAUGUUGCCAAGCACCCUCAAUAAGUGCUGUUGGCACUGUAGAUUCUCGUUCCUCCAACGUGAUAGCAUCCACUACAAUGAGCUGAUAACUCACUGGUUACUGGAAGGGUAUUUUGAUCACCAUGAUCAUGUUGAAAUGGCUUACGAGGAAGCACAUCAUACUCUGAUGGAGCUCAAAGAUCGUGGAUUUCUAAGAGUAAAAGAGAAUGGUUAUGUUUAUAUGGACAGUGAUGCUUUGGGUGUCACUGAUCACCGACGUGAUGGACUUAGUGGGUCUGCAUGUGUUGGCGUGGCCAGUGUGCUACAUGACCAAACUUGGGCUGGUCUUGGGAGGGUUGUACAGACCGACGGGAUGAUCAAGACAAGUUGUGGGAAAGGGAGUGAGAUGUCCACCCUCCUUAUUGAUGGUGCUCGUUUUUGCAGAGAAGUUCCUGAAACAUUCUUCCAACGCAUCCAACAACUUAAAGUCCUUGUCAUCUUACAUCCGAAGUUCAAAAAGCUGCCCUUACCACUUUCAAAGUUGAAGGAGCUUCAAGUACUUGUUCUGAGGGGCUGUCGUCUAUUGGAGAAUGUUGAUGAGAUCUGUGAGCUUACAAACUUACUAGUUCUUGAGAUAUCUGGGGCUUGUUUCGUGAAGGAAAUCAAUGACGAUCUUUUUGAGCUAAUGAAAGAUCUUAGAUCUCUGAACUUAUCUGAAGUUGGCAUUAAGUGGCUUCCUGCGUCUGUCUUAAAUCGGGGCGAACUCCGUUGGCUCAUUCUUAGAAACUGUCCAAAUUUGGAAAAAUUGUGUGAUGAUAAACUAUUGAAGAAGAAGGAAGUGGCAAAACAGGAAAUGCUUUCACUGGCAAAGCUGGAAGUGCUUGAUCUCUCUGGUUCAUACUCCUUCCGAAGUACCCUGGUCAAGACCAUCUCUCCGCUCAAAAAACUUCAAACUCUCAAUCUUUCUAAGACCAGCAUUGCGCGCUUUCCCUUCUUUCAUGAUUUGCAAGAGCUCACUCGACUCCUCUUAAGUGACUGUCCAUUCCUGUCAAGACUUCCCUCCUUAAAACCCUUACUUAAACUUGAGAUUCUCGAUCUUGCAAAGACAACAUCUUUGAAAGAAGUACAAGACGAUCCCCAGGAAACUAAGACUGAGUUUAGAGUUCUGGAUCUCACGGGUAGUACUGUAAAUAAGCUACCUUGCAACUUCAGCAGCUUAUCUCAUCUUCUUUUGAGUGGUUGUGUUGGGCUUCCAAAAUUGCCAUCCACGAAAGGCCUCCAAAGCCUUGAGGAGCUGAACCUGUCUGAUGCCUCUAUAUUGGAAGAAUUUAAAGAUGAGUCAUUUGAACAUCUUAAUUCCCUUCGCCGACUCAUCCUCUCAAAUACUAAAAUAACAGCUCUGCCAUCACUUUCCAAGCAUUCUGAACUUCGUUUGCUCUCGCUAAAGAAUUGCAAGCUCCUUACUAAGUUGCAAAACUUGAGUACACUUCAGAAACUGGAAGUUCUUGAUCUCUCGGGAUGCUCUAAGUUGGAGAUAGCAAGGAAUGACUCCUUUUGGGGCAUGGCUCACCUGAAGACCAUCAAUCUUUCAGAGACUAAAAUUGAAAGCCUUCCUUCAAAUUGCUUUCCUAUCAGCCUCUGCCACCUAAUAAUGAGAAAUUGCACCUCCUUGAAUGACCUUCCUUCUUUGGAAGCUCUGUUGAACCUUGAGGUACUCAACCUCUGUGGUGCAAAAUCUUUGAGCAAUAUAAAACUUGAAUUUCUUCGCCAUAUGAGCAAACUAAGGAUUCUGAACCUCUCUGAAAUUGAAUUUGAACAAUUGCCAUCUCUGUCCCACCUCACUAACCUUAGGGAGCUCUCUCUGACGAAUUGUUCCUGUAAAGUGUCGAAGCUGGAUGCCCUAAAGGAGCUUGAGCUGCUGGAUUUAUCGGGGACCAAGGUUGAGUCCUUACCUACCCUAGAGACUUUUAGCAACCUCCAACAACUACUGCUAAGAGAUUGUGCUGAUCUGGAAAGUUUGGAAAAUUUGAAGUCUCUUACCGAAUUGGAGGUUCUAGAUCUUUCAGGUACAAAAAUAAAAGAAUUUCCCUAUGAAAUCUCGGAUCUGACUAGUCUAAGGAAGCUCAAUCUGCUGGAUACGAAGCAUAUUAAAGAAAUUGACUGGAAGAAGAUAAAGUAUAUUCCAGAGGAGUUCAACUUGGGAGGUUGUCGAUCCCUAAGUUCUGAGAUUGCUGCAUCUUCUGACUGGCCUUCCAUAUCGAUAUGUGGUACCAGUUUUUUCCAGUUCGUGGAGAAAAAUCCCAAGUUGUGGGAUACGUGCUUCCAAAAAUUCCACUUUUCUAUUUGGCUCCCCAAAAAUUCAGAUGGAAGGAUAGACAACCUCGGAGACAGGGGCCUACUGGUAGAUAUCAAAUCUCAAGGAAGAUUUCCUCAUCAUAAAGAACCAGGGCGGUAUCUGGAGAUCCAUGGAUCCUAUUGCGAAUUCAGUCUACCUGAACAUGUUCUCGAGCAUGCUGAUAACAUAUCGCUAAUGGAUGAUAGCUCUUUGAGGCACUUAUCUGAACUUGUUAAAGAGAAUCUGAGAUCAAUAAAGAGCUGUUGGCUUGAUAGGUGCACAGAUAUCCGUAGUAUAGUCGAUGGUGAAGAAGAUGCCAGAGCUUCAGGAAAGCUUGACUGUCUUUAUCUGUGUAAUCUCUCUUCCUUAAGAAGCGUAUGUGAUGAUAAAGUGCACUCCGAGGUCUUCGGAGGUCUUAAGAGCUUGUAUGUAGAUUGUUGCCCGAUGCUUGCCGAUGUUUUCUCAUUGUCCAAGCUGCCAAAGAAGCUCGAAAACCUCCAAAUCAAAUUUUGUGAGAAAAUGGAAAAGCUAUUCAACCCUGGUAUGUCAGAAAAAUGUAACUUGCAGACCUUGGAUCUUCUGGAAUUACCUAAGCUCGAGAUAAUUGGUGUUAAGAUGGUCUCCCUGCGAGUACUGAAAGUGAGACAGUGUCAGAAUCUGAAGAAUUUAGAGGAAGUGCUUGGAGAAGCUGAAAAUCUGGAAAUUCUCCAUAUUUCCCAUGCUGCUAGGCUGAAGACCAUAUGCAGUCGGGAAGUGAAGCCGGGGAGCUUCGAAAAUCUAAAACAGCUUAAAAUAGAAUCUUGUCCCCAGCUCAAAGAAGUUUCUCCCUCAUCCGAAUCACUGCCAAACCUGGAGAUUCUUGAGAUAAACUCAUGUAAAAGCUUGGAAACUAUAUUCACUGGCAGCUCAUCAGCUUCUUCACUGAAAAGAUUACGACUGCGCAGCUUGCCUAGUCUAAGCAAAACUGUGUUCAAAGUACCACCUCAAUGUCAGGUUGACUUCAACUGCCCAAAUCUGCAAAUAGACCGAUCUGGUUAAGUGAGAGGCAUUUCUUGGGUCGUGAAUCUGGGAAGAUUCGUUGAACGCAAGCGAAAUUUCACUUUAAAUGUCUGGCAGCUCUUUCCUUCUGUAAUGCAUUAACAUCCAUGGCCAUCGUGUAUGGAAAGAGAAAACAUUGGAGGCUUACUGGCUGCAAUGUCCAACCGCACUUGCUCCAACUUAACUUGCAUAUGUAUCCUUGAGGGAUGUGAUGCAGCAUAGAAUUAGAUACUUGAUGUCAAGUGUGACAUAAUUUUCCAUAUAAAGGAAUCUGUGAAGCCUACACUGUUCUAUCAUGUUUGGUUUGAGGUUCCUCAUUUUGUAUGGAUGCUUCCAUAUUUCUGCUAAUUCAAAGCCCCGGUAGAUUGAGAACUUUGCAAUGACAGUGUUGUCAUACUUCUCUACCGGAACUCACCAAUUUUAAUUUGUUACA